AUAAUAGUCAAUAUUAAAUAUUUUUGGCAUAUAUUACUCGUAAAAUGACCGAUAAAUCCCAGAGCCAUAACAUUGGCGCAAGCAAUAAUGGCAUUCCGAGCCAAGAAGGAGUCAAACUUGUCAGACCGAUUCCUAAGAGAUCAGGACCAGCAGCGGGAGUUUCUCCUCAAGUUCCAACUCCGAUUAUGCCAAUAGCUGGCCACCAAAGCAUCGUUGGUUCGGCGAGUGGAGGGAUACAAAGGAGUAUUCAAAUGGGAAGCUCAGCUUCUCCAAUGAAUAACUUUUUCUAUCUAAUGAAUAAUGCAAGCGUGUCUAUGCCAAGUGCGAAUGAGACUGUUCCAUCCCAGCAGCCAGUCUUGCAAUCAAUCCCUCAAUCAAUCAAUAUUGAUCAAAAAGUUGAACUUCCUCGGAACAAAAGAAGGAAGAUUAGUGAAGAUUCAGAAAUUCUUAGUGGUGAAGAUCUCCCAAAGAGAGGCAAGAAUACGAAGAGGGAGAAAUAACCGACAGGCAGCCAUUGAAUGCCGGAAGAAAAGAAAGGAAUAUGUAGCUACACUGGAGGAUACUAUUAAGAAAAUGGAAAAUGAAAUAGCUGAGCUCAAAAUGAAGAUCAAUAUUUAUGAGCAAAGCGAAAAGUUCAAGGUCGUCUCUGAGAAAGAGUCUAUUUUUAGCUACCUAGCUGGCCGAGAUGAGAGGUACUCACAUCUUGAGGCCUAUAUUGAGGAAUAUAACAAGAAGUUUGAAAACAAUGAGGAUCUGACUGAAAUUAACAAGACUUUGCAGGAAACUGUCAACUCCAUCCACAACCGUCACGGUAGUAAGGGUGUCAUCAGGAGGCAAUGCACUAGUUAUUUGUUUAAGAAAAUUCUGACAAAGAUAGUUCCGAGCCAUGUGAGAUAUCUCUGCUCAAGCUGAAUCAACGAGAAUGGGUAUUUCCAGAAAAUCAGGGGUCGUAAGCUUGCAAAAUCGAACAACCCGAUCAAGGAAAGAGGUAAAUUUGGAGAUUUCUUGGAAAAAGCCAAAGAUCCCGACAGCCACAUCUGGAAGGAAGUCAGCUGAAUGGGUCUCAAUGAAGAACAGAUCAGGACUCUCAAGAAGUGCAAGACUCCAGUCAUGAAGAUUAGGGAUAAGAUCUGCAAAGAGAUGCAUAAAAUGUUAGAGAUUAGGAAGAAGCUAAUGACCCUCAGCCAUGAGAUGGAAGGCUGUUUCGACGUUGUCGCGAACAUUAUGAGUCCGCUCCAACAAGCCAGAUUCCUUCUUUAUAUCGAUAAAGUUAAGAACAAGAAGGAAUUGAGCAUUUUUGAGCUCUGGGGCGUCAAAAAGAAUGGGUUCAAAAUAACUAAGCGGGUCAAGAAGGAUAUGCAAGCCCUUCCUAUUAUUAAAUGAGAGUAUGACAUGAUAGUGGCCAAGAAGAAGACCUCUGAGGAGGUCAAAGAAGAAACCUGUAAGGAUAUAAAAGAAGAAAUUGAAGAAAAGGACCCUUUACAGACUAGAGCAAGAGAAGAUAGCCUCCAAUCCAAUGAAAUUGAGUGGUCCUUAGAUUCAGGGGUGCCAGAGUCUGACACUGAAGAAAUCGAAUAAAAACCUAUCAAGAAUGUGUAAUAUUUAUACAUUCC